UGUAGUUCAGUAAGACUGCUCGGCCACAUAACGUUUGGGAGUUGUAGGUUUUGUUUUUCUUUACCUCACAGAUAGACUAUAGUUUUCUGUCAAACCACUCCCCUCUCCCCUCCUUGAAAUAUUGGAAACGAGAGCGUGGUGGUCAUGUGACUCCGGGGUCCUUCGGCGUAUCCUCGCCGGGCAACCGUCCUGGAGACCGACACAGCUGGCUGCAACAUGAACGUGGUCUACCCGCUGGCGGUGCCCAAGGGACGCCGGCUCAGCUGUGAGGUUUGCGAAGCCCCAGCCGAGCGAGUGUGCGCGGCCUGCACAGUCACUUACUACUGUGGUGUGGUGCAUCAAAAAGCUGAUUGGCGCAGCAUCCAUGAGAAGAUAUGUCAGCUCCUGAUCCCACUGCGUACUGCCAUGCCCUUCUACAAUUCAGAGGAAGAACGGCAGCAUGGCCUGCAGCAACUGCAGCAGCGGCAGAAGCAUUUGAUUGAAUUCUGCUAUACUGUAGCCCAGAAAUACCUCUUUGAAGGAAAACAUGAAGACGCCGUCCCAGCAGCUUUGCAUUCUCUUCGCUUCCGUGUGAGUGUACACGGCCUGAAUUCGGUAGAGCUUGUGCCUGCUUACUUACUGUUGGCUGAGGCUAGCCUUGGUCUGGGCCGGAUUGUCCAGGCCGAGGAAUAUCUGUCUCAAGCCCAGUGGACAGUCCUCAAAUCAACCAAAUGCAGUAAUGCCACCCACUCUUUACUGCAUCGGAACCUAGGACUUCUCUAUAUGGCUAAGGAAAACUACGAAGAAGCCCGGUAUCAUCUGGCCAAUGAUAUUUAUUUUGCCAGUUGUGCAUUUGGAACAGAGGACAUCAGGACCUCAGGAGGCUACUUCCAGAUGGCUAAUAUCUUCCAUAGCCUUAACAAGCAGGACCUGGCAGACACACUGUACACCAAGGUCACUGAGAUCUGGCAUAAAUAUUUGAAUGAAUACUAUCAAGUUCUCUCACAGGCUCGCAACCAACAAAUCGAUUUACUGGGAAAACACUUUGACAAUGACACUGGCUUGGAUGAAGCCCAGGAAGCAGAAGCCAUUCGGAUCCUGACUUCAAUCUUGAACAUUAGAGAAUCCGCAUCUAAUGAAGCCCCAGAAAAGACUGUCUUUGUUCUGAAAACCCUGGUCAUGCUUUACUACCUGAUGAUGAAUUCUUCAAAGGCCCAGGAAUAUGCCAUGAGAGCCUUCAGCCUAGCCAAAGAACAACUCAGUGUCGACGAAGAAACAGCCAUUCAAGAGUUACUAAAUCUCAUCUCAGCCGAAGAAUUUCAUCCCAUUACUGAGGACCCAUAAGCUCCACAUCAAGGACUUAUGAAGGGCCUGUUGAAAGACUGAUAUAUUCUAGCCUUGCACAACUGCUUUGAGGUACUAUGGAUUGCUGAAAUUUCCACUUUCUUCCCCUAGGACAACACACAUAGCUGUGCAGGGAAGUAAGGCUUUAGGCAUAAAAAUCAGUAAAACUAACUUCAUGGCACUGCAACGUUUGCUGUUUAUCAUGACUUUUGUAUUUAGUAUCUUACUCAACCUUGAGUAAUGUGCUGUCAGAUCACCAAUAUGGUAUUUGUAAUUAAACUGCAAGUAGUUUGCCAUA